UCCACCCCCCGGCCACCAUCAAUCCCUCCACGCCCCAUCUCCUCCUCAAUCUCGGCGUUUCUCUUCUCGUCAUGCCGGUCUAGUGCUACCCUUAUCGCUCGCUAGGGUUUGGGGUUUCUCCCUUCGCUUCCGCUUCCAUGGCCGUCGACGACGCCACCGCGCUCUCCGAGCUCGACAGCAGCAUCCGCACCGAGGAGGAGAUCGCAGCCAAGCCGCUCCUCCCCGCGCCCUACCCCUCGCCCUCCGCCGCCUCUACGACUACUGCGCCGAUGGCGGAGGAGAGCCUCGAGGAGCUGGACCGGAGGUACGCUCCGUACGCGCGGCGGGAUGCGUACGGGCCCAUGGGCCGCGGUCCCGUGGGGGCUGUGGAGGCGGCGCGGCUGGCCGUCGCAGCGGCUGUGCUCCUCCCGCUCAGAGUCGUGGCCGGCUUGCUCGUGCUUCUCGCCUACUAUCUCGUGUGCCGUGUGUGCACGCUUUGGGUGGAGGAGGAGCGGGAUGGCGGCGAGGGGGAGGGGUACGCGCGGCUCAACGGCUGGAGGCGCGAGGGGGUCGUGCGGUGCGGCCGCGCGCUCUCACGCGCCAUGAUGUUCGUCUUUGGGUUUUACUGGAUCAACGUGUACGACCGACGCUUCCCCAAUGCCGAGGAUGAGCCCCUCGACCAGUGUAAAAAUAUGGAAAGACCAGGGGCAAUUGUAUCUAAUCAUGUAUCAUAUGUGGAUAUUCUUUAUCACAUGUCAGCUUCUGUCCCAAGUUUUGUUGCGAAGAGAUCAGUGGCCAGAUUGCCCCUUGUUGGUCUCGUAAGCAAAUGCCUUGGCUGUAUUUUUGUUCAGCGGGAGUCUAAAGCAUCGGAUUUCAAAGGUGUUUCAGGCGCCGUAACUGAAAGAAUCCAGCGAGCUAACCAACAAAAAGAUGCUCCAAUCAUGCUACUCUUUCCUGAGGGCACAACUACAAAUGGGGAUUAUCUCCUUCCAUUCAAGACGGGUGCCUUUCUUGCAAAAGCACCAGUACAGCCAGUCAUUCUAAGAUAUCCGUACAAGAGAUUUAGUCCAGCAUGGGACUCUAUGUCUGGGGCACGCCAUGUGUUUCUGCUCCUUUGUCAAUUUGCGAAUUAUCUAGAGGUGGUCCAUUUGCCUGUGUACCAUCCUUCUGAGCAAGAAAAGGAAGAUCCAAAGCUGUACGCAAAUAAUGUACGGAAAUUAAUGGCAGCAGAGGGAAACUUAAUUCUUUCAGAUGUUGGGUUAGCAGAGAAGAGAGUGUAUCAUAAGGCACUGAAUGGUAAUAGUCUACCUCGUGCAUUACAUCAGAAAGAUGAUUGAAAUGUAUUUACCAUCGCAUUUCAGUAAUCAGUAUACUGACAAUUAAGUGACUUGGCUGUAACCAUACAUACAAGUUGGUGUGUUGUGUAAUAUCCUUGGGCUUGAGAGGCCGUUGUGAAUAUUUUCUGGAGUUUUAACUGUAAAAGCAACCAACUAACUGUUGUGGUUCAGUAACUAUGUCAGCUAUAAAUUUACAUGACUUGGGCUUUCACACAACUUA